ACUAAAGUGGUGUCCGAAUUUAUGUCCACUAAGGGGAACCAUCUUUCGAGCUACGGUUGCCUUCCGGUAUUUAAUUUUAACUGUACACAUUGUUUGUUUACUUCAUGGCAAGUAGUUAGUUAAAACAAUAGUAGUUUUAACAUUACCCGCCUGGCAAACAAGGCUGUUGUUUGUUGAAUGACUGAUGAUGGAGGGGCAGAGUCAGGACACUGCGGGAGGAGGACAGUCUGUAAAAGAUGAAGAGGUGGAAAACGAGCACCUGAAAGAGAUGGCAGAUGAGGAAGAUGAGGAGGCUCUUCCUCACUCAGAGAUCCUGGAUAUUUUCGAGGAGGGACUUGCUCAACUUGUUCAGGACCCGUUACUCUGUGAUCUGCCAAUCCAGGUGACUCCGGAGGAGGUAAAUUCUCAGAUUGCUUUGGAGUAUGGCCAGGCGAUGACUGUGAGGGUUUUAAAGGCAGAUGGCGAAAUAAUGCCCAUAGUGGUGGUGCAAAAUGCCACUGUCCUUGACCUGAAGAAGGCCAUUUGCAGAUUUAUGGAGCUGAAACAACAACGUGAAGGUGGAGUGAAACACGUCAGCUGGAGAUAUGUUUGGAGAACUUAUCAUUUAGUAUUUCAAGGGGAAAGGCUUGAAGAUGACAAGAUGAGGCUCAAAGACUACGGCAUCAGGAACAGAGAUGAAGUGACGUUCAUGAAGAGACUCAGGAAAAAGUGAAAUAUCACAGCCAACAUUUGUCACAUCAGGAAAAAACACCAGUUCCUGCAGUGUGUACUGGUGCUACCAGCCUCUCAGACUUGAAGUGACUUUCACAAAGUAUUCAUGAUUGUAUGACUUGUUUUAUUUGCAGUGUUUUGGGGCAGUCUUGACAUAAUAUCUCUGUACACAUUAUAAACCCCAAAUAUUUAUCCAGAAAAUCACUUUACAGACUGCGCUGCUUCUCAAAGAAGGUACAUGUAAAUAAGAUAUCUGGAGUACUAGAUGUUAAGCCCCCCAUUUUACUGUCGUUUGUUGUCUGCAAAUAUUAAAAUAUAUUACAGUAUUAUAUUUUA